AGUUCGUUUAUUCGUUUGUCUUAAGGUUAGGUUAUGUUACCGUUGUGUACCAGUGUUGAAGUUUUUUCCAAUUUGGUGUUAUUUUCACUGCUACUAUAAAUCGUUAUAUUCUCGUGAACUUAUAGGGAGGUAUUUUUGAUAAGACACUGAAAUGGCUUUCCGACUUCUUCCGUUUCAACCUGUAUUAGGUCAUGUGCACUGUUCCUUGCGAGGAAUUUUAUGUGCAUCAUCCGUGGAAUACAAACAAGUCCGUGAGUUUGUGAAUAAUAAACAUAGAGAUAUGAAAUUCAGAAACUUGCGAAGAUUAAAGGUUGACACUAAAGUCCCACUCAAGUAUAUGAAUAAGUAUGAAAGAGGUGUGAAGGAAGGCUAUUAUCAAAAUAUCAGAAACAUCAAAAAAUUGUGGAGGGAAAGAGAAAUUGUUGCAAGUGCUUCAAACCAGGUGGUUGAUGAAUUUGUGCCACCAGAAAAUUUGGGAACAGCUAUUACAGAGGAGAUUAAGAAGAAGUGGAGCGACAUUGGCAAAUUUGGAAAAGAUAAAUUGGCUAUUCGUAAAAUUAGACAAUUUGAACCAGAAUUCAAUUUAAAGGUGUUUCAACCUGAUGCUCUUGAAAUUUACAUCAAGGCUCACGAAUGUCUGGCAUCGAAUGAUCUUGAUAGUUUGGGUGAUUACGUAACUGAACAUGCCAGAUUGACCAUGCUCUUGAAUGCCUCAAAGCGAACUAUUCAUUGGAAGUUCUUGCAAUCAUUGGAAUCUCCCAAAGUUGUUCAAGUGCGUUUAUUUAAGAUAGAUGAAGCAGGUUCUACCUUUGCACAAUUAACUGUAAGAUUGCUGACACAACAGAUGCUGGCAGUAUAUGACAGGUUUGGAAGACUCAUUUAUGGAAGUGAAAUUCUAGCAAAAGAUGUGUUGGAGUAUGCUGUUUUUGAAAAACAAUUGAGUGAUGAAUAUGGAACUUGGAGAUUACAUGGAAAAGUUAUCCCUAAUGAUCGCAUCCGAAUGGCUGAGCAUACAUUUGUUGCAUCCAAAGAACAGCCACAAGAAAGUUCUGCUGUAAUGACAGAGACAGCUCCAGAAGAAGAUAAGCAAGCUGUUAUUGCAAAGUAAUAGCUGUAUGUAACUCACAGAAAUUGUUUUUGCAAUAAGGUAACCCAUACCAAUAAAUAACUUACACAAAAGUCAAA